ACAGAUUUGAUUUUGAUACUUGAAGAACAUAUACAAAAAUGGGUAAAUCUCGUGGUUACAGAUCCGGUACUCGUUACGCUUUCCAACGUGACUUCAAGAAGCAUGGUGCCAUUCCAUUGUCCACCUACUUGAAGAUCUACAAGGUCGGUGACAUUGUUGACAUCAAGGCCAACGGUUCUAUCCAAAAGGGUAUGCCACACAAAUACUACCACGGUAAGACCGGUAUCGUUUACAACGUUACCAAGACUUCCGUUGGUGUUAUCAUUAACAAGGUUGUUGGUCACAGAUACCUCGAAAAGAGAGUCAACUUGAGAGUUGAACACGUUAAGCACUCUGCUUGUCGUCAAGAAUUCUUGAACAGAGUCAAGUCCAACGCUGCUUUGAAGAAGGAAGCCAAGGCCAAGGGUGAACAAGUUCAAUUGAAGAGACAACCAGCCAAGCCAAGAGGUGCUUACGUUAUCUCCACUGAAGGUAACAUUCCUCAAACUUUGGCUCCAGUUCCUUAUGAAACCUUCAUCUAA